AUGACCUCCGACCGCUCUGCUGAAGAACUUGAGGACACUCUGGGAAAUCUUCCUUCACCCAAUGGCCCAAACCCGGGAGAUAAGACCACACAACCCAUCUUCGAUUGCGUCGAGGCAUUCGAGAUGUCAGAGCUUGCGAUUCAGUCAUGCGCUGCAGACGGAUACUGCUUGUUCUCCUCGCUCCUCUUCCUUCGACGCGAUGAUGACUGCGCAUACGUGCUCUACCCGAAAUACAAGUUCGAGGUUGGCCAGGAGAUCCCGGACCAGGCGAGAUGGGUGAUGCAUGGCGCCGCUGCACAGUUUAAGCCACAGGAGCAACGGGACGUCUUGCACGCCCUACACGGAAACAUAUGCUACGCGGGCACCUUCUACGCCAACCUCGGCCCCGUCUCUCUGCCAUACGCCCAGAUCUCGGCGAUCUGGCCACAAAAGAAACUCGGACUCCUCACCGAGCUCGCUCGAAAGACUCUGGGCAUGUCUCCCCCAUAUGAGCAAAGCGAUAAGGAACAUUAUAUCAAGAUCGUCAAAGAUCUGUACCUGAGCGGAUCCCUUCCGGUACAGUUUCUUGGGCUCCAGCGCGUCUGGUUCAACACGAAACUAUUCGGCAUCCUGGACGCGGAAUAUCAAGAUCACCUGAACCGGAAGGCGCAGGAACAGGAACAGACGAUUUCGGCCCGUCCGGCUCGCCGCAAACGCAAACGCGCUCCUGAGAACGUCGAGGGUGGCAGUGAGAGCGGCAGGCCGUCGGGGUCGAACGCUCCGCGCAUGGGGAGCGGUGGCCCGCGGCCGGUCGGAGCGGAUUGA